AUGCUCCCCGUGAGGAUCAAACUGACAACAACUGCAUUCCUUGUGAUGUCGAUUCAUAUUGUCUAUAAGUACGGUGAGCUAACAGAUUGUCCAACCGGAGGACCCUUCGCGGUAGACUUACAUUUAUCAUCAGACGCAUAUAAGCACGAUUUUGGGGAAGAAAAAAAGCUCCGGGUGAGGAUCGAACCCACAAACUCCGCAUUCCUUACGAUGUCGUCUGAUACUGUCUAUAAGUACGAAGCGCUAACCGAUUGUGAUACCGGAGCACUCCUCGUUGUACACUUACAUUUAUCAUCAGACGCAUAUAAGCACUAUUUUGGGGAAGAAAAAAUGCUCCGGGUGAGGAUCGAACACACAACCUCCGCAUCUCUUAUGAUGUCGUCUCAUACUGUCUACAAGUACGGCGCGCUAUCCUAUUGUGCUACCGGAGCACCUCGCGCUCUACAGUUACAUUUAUCAUCAGACGCAUAUAAGCACGAUUUUGGGGAAGAAAAAAUGCUCCGGGUGAGGAUCGAACCCACAACCUCCGCAUUCCUUACGAUGUCGUCUCAUACUGUCUAUAAGUACGGCGCGCUAACCGAUUGUGCUACCGGAGCACCCCUCGCUCCACACUUACAUUUAUCAUCAGAAGCACAUAAGCACUAUUUUGGGGAAGAAAAAAUGCCCCGGGUGAGGAUCGAACUCACAACCUCCGCAUCCCUUACGAUGUCGUCUCACAUUGUCUAUAAGUACGGCGCGCUAACCGAUUGUGCUACCGGAGCACCUCUCGCUGUACACUUACAUUUAUCAUCAGAGGCAUAUAAGCACUAUUUUGGGGAAGAAAAAAAGACCCGGGUGAGGAUCGAACUAGCAACCUCCGCAUCUCUUACGAUGUCGUCUCAUACUGUCUAUAAGUACGGCGCGCUAUCCUAUUGUGCUCCCGGAGCACCUCGCGCUCUACAGUUACAUUUAUCAUCAGACGCAUAUAAGCACUAUUUUGGGGAAGAAAAAAUGCUCCGGGCGAGGAUCGAACUCACAACCUACGCAUCCCUUAUGAUAUCGUCUCAUACUGUCUAUAAGUACGGCGCGCUAACCGAUUGUGCUACCGGAGCACUCCAUGCCGUACGCUUACAUUUAUCAUCAGACGCAUAUAAGCACUAUUUUGGAGAAGAAAAAAUGCUCCGGGUGAGGAUCGAACUCACAACCUCCGCAUCCCUUAUGAGGCCGUCACAUACUCCCUAUAAGUACGGCGCGCUAACCGAUUGUGCUACCGGAGCACUCCUCGCUGCACACUUACAUUUAUCAUCAGACGCAUAUAAGCACUAUUUUGGGGAAGAAAAAAUGCUCCGGGUGAGGAUCGAACUCACAACCUCCGCAUACCUUAUGAUGUCGUCUCAUACUGUCUAUAAGUACGGCGCGCUAACCGAUUGUGUUACCGGAGUACCCAUCGCUAUACAGUUACAUUUAUCAUCAGACCUAUAUAAGCACUAUUAUGGGGAAAAAAACAUGCUCAAAGUGAUAAUCGAACUCACAAACUCCGCAUUUCUUAUCAUGUCGUCUCAUACUGUCUAUAAAUACGGCGCACUAACCGAUUGUGCUACCGGAGCACACCUCGCUGAACACUUACAUUUAUCAUCAGACGCAUAUAAGCACUAUUUUUGGGAAGAAAAAAUGCACCGGGUGAGGAUCGAAAUCACAACCUCCGCAUCCCUUACGAUGUCGUCUCAUUCUGUCUAUAAGUACGGCGCGCUAACCGAUUGUGCUACCGGAGCACUCCUCGCUAUGCACUUACAUUUAUCAUCAAACGCAUAUAAGCACCAUUUUGGGGAAGAAAAAAUGCUCCGGGUGAGGAUCGAACUCACAACCUCCGCAUCCCUUACGAUGUCGUCUCAGUCUGUUUAUAAGUACGGCGCGCUAACCGAUUGUGCUACCGGAACACUCCUAGCGGUACACUUACAUUUAUCAUCAGACGCAUAUAAGCACUAUUUUGGGGAAGAAAAAAUGCACCGGGUGAGGAUCGAACUCACAACCUCCGCAUCCCUUAUGAUGUCGUCUCAUACUCUCUAUAAGUAUGGGGCGCUAACCGAUUGCGCUACCGGAGCAAUUCUCGAUGUCCACUUACAUUUAUCAUCAGACGCAUAUAAGCACUAUUUUGGGGAAGAAAAAAUGCUCCGGGUGUGGAUUGAAUUCACAACCUCCGCAUCCCUUAUGAUUUCGUCUCAUACUCUCUAG